GGGUUUUAAGAAGCUCUCCGCCUCUUCCUCAAAGAAAACCUCCAGAGCAAAGCGAGAGAGAGAGAGAGAGAGAGAGAGACCAGAAAAACGUAGGCGGCGAAAAUGAAGACGAUUCUGUCAUCGGAGACUAUGGACAUCCCAGACGGCGUGAAGAUCAAAGUUCAUGCCAAGCAGAUCGAGGUUGAAGGUCCCAGGGGAAAGCUGGUUCGCAAUUUCAAGCAUUUGAACCUUGAUUUCCAGCUUAUCACCGAUUCUGAGACCGGCAAGAGGAAGCUCCAGGUCGACGCUUGGUUCGGUUCCCGGAAGGCCACCGCCGCCAUCCGUACCGCUCUCAGCCACGUCGACAAUCUCAUCACUGGUGUUACCAAGGGCUACCGUUACAAGAUGAGGUUUGUCUACGCCCAUUUCCCCAUCAACGCUUCCAUCACCAACUCCAACCGCUCCAUUGAGAUCCGUAACUUUCUUGGCGAGAAGAAGGUAAGGAAGGUUGAUAUGCUUGACGGAGUGACUGUUGUGCGAUCUGAAAAGGUCAAGGAUGAACUGGUAUUAGAUGGGAAUGACAUUGAGCUUGUCUCCAGAUCUGCUGCCCUGAUUAACCAGAAAUGUCAUGUGAAGAACAAAGAUAUCAGAAAGUUCCUUGAUGGUAUCUAUGUCAGUGAGAAGGGAAGAAUAGCAGAGGAGGAAUAGAGUAUUCAACUCUUGUUGUCCUUAUUAAGUUAGACUUGAGACUAUCUGGUUUAAAGGGAACUUGAAAUUUUGCGCUGUGUUUUCAGAUUUUAAUGUUGGAUUCUGGUGGAUAGAGAUUUUAUUAUGUUGUCUUUUGAAAGAUGGUAUGGUUUUAAGUUUAUCUGGAAUAUUAUUUCAUUUUCCCUCAUGCACGCAAUUAGCAAUAUAGAUUUGUUUGACAGCAUUCACUGUCCAUGCUCUAUUUUGGCUCAUCUUUCUGCUUCUUUUCUAGUAAUCUCGCUUGCAAAACGUCAAGAAAUAGAUGUAAUGGGUCGGCUAGAAAUUUAGUCUAAUGAAAUGCCACUAAUCUUCUUAAAAAUGUAUGUAGCACUACUUUUUCAAAGGUUAAGUCCAUUUAUGUAACUCUUAAACAUUGCAACACAGAAAAACUAUUCAAUUCCCUCCUCGAACGACUCUUAUCAAUGUGCUGCUUCUCAUUUUUCUGCCUUAAACCUGGUCAGGGCCAAACUUCGUGGGUAAAAAAUGUAUUUAAUCCAAGGCAAAUCUUAUGGAGAUAUAUGGAAAUGGGACGGGCCAAAGAGGCUAAGAACUUGUCUAUGGCUUUUGGCAAAGCAGCGCCUUUUGACUAACGUCGAAAGGAGAAGAAGGCAUUUGACAGAGGAAGCACUGUGUCCAGCAUGUGGGGAGGAGGAUGAGGAAGCUUUGCACGAGGUCAGAGAUUGUCCGGCGGCGAAGGAGGUCUGGAUGGAACUCUUACCCACCUCCCACCAAGGAAGGUUUUUUGAAGGGGACUUACACAGUUGGCUUAGUAGUAAAUAGUAAUCUCCGAUGUGGGGUAAAAACUACUUAAGAAUGGCCUAUACUAUUUGGGAUACUAAUAUGGAAGUUAUGGAAUUGGCGCAAUGUUCUUGUGUUCCAACAGGAAGCCUUCAAUAUCCAUAGGAAAAUUGGUGAAAUAGUUAACAAAUUCAAAGGCAUAAGAGAAACAAAUCACAAAAGGCGAAUGAGGGUACCUUUGGUGGAGAGGGAGCUAUGUAUGUUGUACUGGAAACCACCUCCUCCUGGGAAACACAAAAUCAAUUCUGAUGGAGCAUUGGACUGGGCUACAGGCUUGGCUACGGCGGGCGGAGUCAUAAGGGAUGCCAAUGGUGUGUGGUGCUCUGGCUUUGUAAUGAAUAUAGGGUACUGCUCCGUUACUGGGCCUAUUCCAAGACCUCAACUUGGCGUGGAAUAUGGGAUACAGAGAUGUGGAAGCCGAAGUGGAUAGUCAAGCCGUGGUCCGGUUGAUAGCGGAUGCUAAUAGGUCAUCGUGCCUGCACGAAGGCCUAGUUAGAGCAAUUAGGGAGCUCUUGAUUAGAAGUUGGACUAUUAGUUUAUCUCAUAGGGAUUGUAAUUUUGUUGCUUUAGCAACACUGGUGACCGAGAAUCUAGGUUUUACACGACUGGAUUUGCCGCCGUCAGGAGUCUGUCCUUGACUAUUUCAUGAUGCGGUGGGGGUAAGUUACCCACAUAGAACUGUUGUAGCGGCUGAGUAGCCUUAGGGCAUCUCCAACGCGUCCUCCAAACUGGGCGGACGCGUUGGUUUUAGCGGAGCGGGAUCUUCAACGCAGCCCG